AUGGAAAUUAUUGGAGUCACGAGAUUGGGAAGAAAUAACGGCAAUGGAGCCCAACCUUUGAAAUUAACUUUUAGGAAUUCGGAAGAAGCUAUGAUAGUGAUUAGAAAUAAGAAGAAAAUCAACAAAAAUAGAAAGAUCUACACUGAUUUGGAUAGGACUCUUUUACGGAGAGAUAACAUGAAAAAACUGAAGGAUGAACUAAAAAUUAGGAAAGAUAAAGGAGAAAAUGUUUCAAUUAAAUAUGUUGAUAAUACUCCAAGGAUUGUUACAAGCUCCAGCAAUUUAAAACUAAACAAGCCCAACAGUCCACAGUUAGCAUGUAUAUACCAGAACGUCAGUGGUCUUAAUACAACAGUUGAUGAAUUUUAGUCAUAUGUAUGUGAUAACUGAGUGCGACAUUAUAGCUAUAACUGAAACCUGAAUUCAGCCAGCAGUUAAAGACUCAGAACUUUUCUCGGAGGAGUAUCAAGUAUUUAGAAACGAUCGUGAUCUUAACAGAACUGGCUUAUCUACUGGUGGGGGAGUCUUAUUGACUUAAAAAAAAAACAUCUCAUGUGUUAAAAUUGAUACAUCCUUCUUUGAUCAAAAUUUAGUAAAUAUUGAUUUAAUCAUUUGUAAAUGUCUGCUUGGACAUUUAUAUCAAUUUUGGUAUAUGUUCCACCAUCUGUUUCAUUAGAUAUGUUAGAGUCAUUUUUUGAAUGUUUAAAAGGG